CUUUACGCGAUCGUUGUCAGUCGAUUGUUGUACUGCAGUGAGUUAAGUACUACACCCAAGUGAACCUCCUCAAAACCGAAACCAAGAGACAUUGAUGGCUCCAAAAAUCCCGACUGUAUUCUUCAAAAAUGGAUCUCCAAUACCAGCGCUGGGUCUCGGGACCUGGAACUCACCCCCCGGGCAGGUGACACAAGCGGUGAAAGAUGCAAUCGACGUCGGCUACCGACACAUCGACUGUGCGCACGUCUACGAGAACGAGCAUGAAGUAGGCGCUGGGAUAGCGGCCAAAGUCGCACAAGGAAACGUCAAGCGGGAAGAUCUUUUCAUCACAAGUAAACUAUGGAACACAUACCACCGACCGGACCUGGUCAUGGGAGCACUUCAAGCGACGCUACGCAAUCUCAACCUCAAAUAUCUCGACCUGUACCUCAUCCACUGGCCGGUAGCGUACCGCGAAGGUGACGAACUAUUCCCGCUCCGUCCCGACGGCAAGCGGGUGCACUUUUCCGACGUAGACUACAUCGAUACGUGGCCCGCAAUGGAACGGUUGGUAGAGGCAGGGCUGGUACGCAAUAUCGGACUAUCGAACUUUAACGUGCAGCAGGUGCAGCGCGUACUAGACGUGGCCCGUAUCCCGCCGGCCACCAAUCAAAUCGAAUGCCACCCAUAUCUGCAUCAGGCGAGUUUGACCGAGUUCUGCAAACGACACGACGUCACCAUUACAGCGUACAGUCCGUUGGGAUCACCGGCCCGGCCUUGGGUGAAGCAGGACGAUCCAGUCCUCCUGGAAGAUGCCGUCGUACAGCGGCUCGCCCAGAAGCACUCCAAAACACCCGCCCAGAUACUGAUCCGCUACCAGAACCAGCUGGGCCACGUGGUAAUACCAAAGUCCGUUAGCUGGCAGCGCAUCGCCUCCAAUGCGGACGUGUUUGGGUUCGAGCUGGACGCGGCCGAUCUGCAACAACUUGCCGGCCUCGAGCGCAACGGUCGCAUCUGUCCGGAGUCGUUCAGCUUCGGCCAUCCGCACCAUCCCUUCGAGGCAGAGUUCCGCAAAGGUCGCCGAUGAAAGCGAUAACUCCAUUUCACAUUAACAAGCGCGCGCCCGUUGGCUUAACGAUAUUAACGUUUUUAAUGUUGUGUUUAAUAAAUUGCAAACGCACCCAUA